CUCAAUAAUAAGUAAAAAGAAGUGACCACCAUGGCAUGAGGAUGUGUCUUGCUCAAGACCCGUGUCCCUAACUUCAAGUGUCGGAUUUUAACUUAUUUGGAAGAAGUGACCAUCAUAUUAUGAGGAAGUAUCGCACACAAGACCCAUGAUCCUAGCUUUGGGGUGAAGGUCACAACAUCCUUCUGAAAUUAAUGUUUUGCUAUAUCAGCCUUACUGAUGAUAGUUUGUGUCCGAUCCACAUCUUUGUCAUACAAGUUUUGCAUGAGCCAUCAUGUCAGACACGCCCCCUUUACCUGAACGUGUGGACAGUCUUAAUCGGGAGGAGCCAUGUAUUAUUGUCCCAAGCCGUUCCCUCAGUGAGUCUGAUUUCCAACCCAGGUAUGAGGCUGGGGAACCGAGUUCCUCCAUCACUUCAUCAACAGCUUCCACAGUGGAGUUUGAAACUCCUGAUUUCUUUCGGGAUGCUUAUAAACUGCUGAAUGGGUUCCUUGAAAAGGAAGAACUCUGUGAUGUUGAGAUUCAGUGUGGGACGAGGUCUUUUAAGUGCCAUCGCAACAUUCUGUCCACUGUUAGUGGGUAUUUCAGAGCAAUGUUUCUGGGCAAGAUGGCAGAAAGUAAGCAAGAUGUUGUUAAAAUUCAAGACAUUGAUGAAAAUGUGAUGGAAGACAUGAUCAAGUAUGCGUACAGUGGUAAGGUCAUGAUAAGUGUUGAAAAUGUCCAGAGUAUUUUGUACGUAGCUUCAAUCCUGCAAGUGGAAAAUGUAGCACAAGUCUGCUCUGACUUCAUGAAGGAACAUCUUAGUGCUGAAAAUUGUGGUCAAGUGCACACAUUCGCCAUGCAGCAUAACCGAGAACAGCUUAUUAAAUACACACGGGACUUUAUCACAGAUAAUUUCUUGGAGGUUUCCAAGACACCAGAAUACUUGUCAAUGUCUGCAGAUGUAAUAGACUCCAUUGUUGGUUCUAACAAGCUGAAUGUCUCCAAUGAGGCUGAGGUUUUCGAUACUGUUAUGCUGUGGAUCAACCAUGACAAGGAGGAUAGGAAACAACACCUUGCUAAACUGAUGUCCAAAAUAAAGGUGCCAUUACUGAGCACAAGUUACCUGACAGAGAAGGUGGCUAGUAACGAGUUGGUGCGAACGGACCUGGGAUGUCGGGACUUGCUGGACGAGGCCCGAUCCUACCACAUGUACCAGGCCAGCCUGCUGCAGGAUCUCACACUCAAUGACAGGAUGAGGCCCAGGAAGAGCUACGCUGGUGUAUUGUUCUGUGUGGGAGGUCGAGGGGCAUCAGGUGAUCCAUACAAAACUAUUGAGUGCUACCACCCGAUGAAGGACCGCUGGUACCAGCUUACUGAAAUGCAUACAAGACGGCGGCAUGUUGGAGUGUGUUGUCUGAAUGACCAGCUGUAUGCAGUGGGCGGUCACAAUGGCAGUAAGCACCUGGGAAGCGGGGAAGUGUUUGAUCCAUACACGGCCAAGUGGAGAAAAAUAGCAUCUAUGGUCACUCAAAGGACUGGAGUGAGAGGUUUGGGCCUGGCCAGCCUGGGAGGUGCCAUAUACGCAGUGGGGGGCCUGGAUGACAAGACAUGUUUCGACACAGUUGAGCGGUAUGACCCAGCGUCCAACACAUGGACACAGGUGGCGAACAUGAUCCUUCCAAGGGGUGGUGUGGGUGUCGCCGCACUCAGGGGCCAGCUAUACGCCAUUGGUGGCAAUGAUGGUUCAUCAUCCCUGGACAAGUGUGAAAGUUAUGAUCCGUUCAUCUCCAAGUGGAUGAGUAUAGCCAGUAUGACGAACAAGAGGGCUGGGGCUGGGGUCGGGGUCCUCGAUGGAUACAUUUAUGCAGUUGGUGGUUUUGAUGACAAUGCAUCUUUGGACACAUGUGAGCGCUACGACCCAAGGUCUGCUCGCUGGACGACCCUUGGGCGACUCUCCUGUCCCCGCGGUGGCGUGGGGGUAGCAGCUAUGGGGGGCAAACUGUAUGCUGUAGGGGGUCAUGAUGGAAGCAACUAUCUCAACACUGUGGAGGCCUUUGAUCCCCUUACUAAUAGCUGGUCCCAGGAGGCCCCAAUAGAGAUAUCGCGGGCAGGGGCGGGCGUGGCAGUAUUGCCCGGCCCUGUGUCCCUCAUACCUGACCAACUGGAGAACGCAGGCUUCCCCAGCUGUGGUGGGGCAGCUGGAAAGUUGUAGGAGAAAUGGUUAAUCCAAGAGCGGGAGCUGGAGUGGCGGGUUGUCCACUUUCUACUGCUACAUUCCAAGCGUUGGUUAGCCCUUUAAAGGGUUCAGGGGCCCUCUAAUGCGUCUUGGGCCCUCAAGUUUAAAUGGACCUUUGAUCGAGACAAGAUCGCGAGCAGCGAGUACAAUUUUCAAUAUGAAAUAAAAAAGUGUUGUAAAUGGACUCAGCAUUCAGAUUGAAAUUUUACGUCUGCUGCCAUCUUUCUCAUAGUAAUUUUACUCCAAGCUUUGAAAUGUAAUGUGCUGUUUUCAUUUUGGUUGAUGUAAAAGAAAAGAAGGCUAACAGAGAAUGCACUUAUGGACAGUGUUCCUAAUGUUAUUCCAAAUGACAAGAUUUCUGUUCUAAGUUGACAUCGGGUUUUUAUUGAAAUGGCCUAGAAGAAGCAGCUGUAUUCAUUUUCAUACACUUCAUAUGUUUUGUUAGAUGAAAGCUGUGUUUUAUCAUGUUAAUCUUGAUCAACAUUAGUAUGCAAAUUAAUGUCACACCAGAUGUUUUUGAGGUUUUGCCCUUGUGUUUUUGUAAACAUGAAAUAUGGUAUUCAAAUUCUAGAAACAAUUCUAGGUAAUUAAUUGAUACAUGCACAAUUUGACUGUAUCUGGAUUUUUUUUUAUACAAUUUAUCGUGUCAGCAAACAGUUAAGAUCUUGUUUACAUGAUGGAAUAUCAAAAUUCAUAUAAUCGUAUUCAUCUCUUAAGUUAUUUAUACAUCCUUGGUAAGGUUUUUCUUUGCUGUUUAAGUUAUUCUAUGACACUUGUGCUUAUAUGAUUAUGUAAUGCUUCAUAUUGACAUACAUGUGAACCUCUGGCUGGUAGAUUAUUGAACAAGAUUCAUAAAUGCAUAUAAUAGUUUUUAAUGAUGUACUUAUUAUAAUCAUUUAUACUGCUUUGUUAAUUUUGCAAUGAGACUAUUAGUAGGAUAAGUGAACAGUGCUAAUACUUUGAAAGUCAGAAGAUUUUAUGAUUCAUAAAAUAAAGGUAUCAUUAUUUUGAUAACAAUGUAAGCGAAGAGCCUGAAAGUGUGACCUCCGACGACAAUGGGACAAUUGUUGAGAAUUUUUCAAGUUAACAUUAUUAAUGUAAUCAUUGUUAUUUUUCAACUCGUUACUGCUCUGUAAGUUUAAAGGAAACAUUUGUGAUCUGCUGUAUUUCUUACAAGAUUUUAGACAAUGAACUGUACUUGUUUAUAUUUAAAUAUGUGAAGACAUCAUAAACUAGUUCAUGUUUAAAACUUAACAAUGAUUAAUCAUGUUGUUAACUUUAACAAAGUUCUGAAAAUUCGGUCCAUGAUUAAACUGUUUAAAAAAUUGCUGUAAGCUACAUAUCAUUAUUGCUGUAGUAGACAUGUAGGUAUAUAUAUAUAUAUAUAUAUAUAUAUAUACAUUUGUUUGAUGCAUCUUGCUAGUGUUGCCAUAUAUAACAGUUUGUGCAAUAUAACAAUAACCUACAAUUAAUGUUGGCUUUGAUGUUGUUAAUAAUUUAAUUUGCCAUUAUUGGUUAUGGAUUUCCUUUUUUGUAGGUAUAAUUGAAUCUCUUCAUUGUGUAUUUUGUGUGAAAACUUGUUACAAUUAUUGCAUUAAAGGCUUUAUUUCUGUUAAAAUAAAUGAUUAAUUAUUUACA